GCUGAAAGUAAUUUGAUGAGAAACAUUCGGGGAGUGUUUGUCGUCGUUUUCUUGAAAUUGUAAUGAGAUGUACAUUCAGGAUCAUGAUUAUGUUUUCUAUAUUUUGAUAAUUCGGUAACGUUUAUAUUUGGAGAUAUAUUAUACUGAGUCUGAGUUCCCGACGAGUCAAUCAAUAUAUUUAGUAUGUGGCAAUGUGCUCCAAAUGAAGGUUGUCGUUUCCUUGAAUUUAUUCUUGAAAAAGCCUUUUUACCAAUCAACUUACGAAGAGUUACUUCGUGUUGCUUGUAAACGGCGAAUUCAUGAAUUUAUUGAUGGUCUUGAAAAUAUCAUCGAAACCAAAGUCUCCGAAACUGAUGUUAGUAAACGCAUUUCCGGUCAAGAGUUAACAUAUAAAGGAAAAAAUGAGCGUAUCAUAUUUUCAGCCAAUCAAGUUAGUGUCAAUCGCCCUGUCGAAGAUAGGUGGAUGGCUUCUCAUUUUGGCGAAGGGGAUUUCAAUUCUCUUACUCUCAGCGAUUACAAACAGUCGAACGAUGAGAAAUCGGUUUAUGGUGGUACAUUAUUUACGGUAGUUGAUGGACAUGGUGGACAUGCUUGUGCACAUGCAGUUAAUUUGUUACACAGUGACUACAUAAUUUCCGGUCUUCUACCUUCAAAAGUAUCUGAACGUGCUUUACAAAAUCUCCACCGUACUCAGGAGUUACGUACACCGCGUUCAAUUGGUGAGUUGGCAGUCACAUUGUGGAUGACUUCUGGUGCAACGAUUACUGGAGAGUCUGAACAUAUCGAGUUUGGUUUAAAAGCAGAUAGAAAUUGCAGAUUUUCCAAUCCUAGUCUGAAUUCUGUACAUAAUCAACCUAAAGUUAGCUGGGGUCCCUGGGGCCCUUGGGGCCCUCUACCGAUGUCUGUACGUAAUGCACAUGUUGGACACAUCAGUAGAUUUCUUGGAGAAUUAUUAUCAACCUGUGAUGAAAAAGAGUUUUUCUACAGUGAUAAUAGUGAGGGUGAUAUGAUUGAUCCAGACGGGUUCAUUACUGCUCCAUUAAAUGCGAUUAAGGAAACUGUCAUGAAAUACUCCGAGCCUUCAUCGUCUUCGUUUAGGCGAUCAGAAGAUCCUACUUUAUCAUCAGACUUCGAUCAGUCUGUUGAUGAUUUGCGCAAUUAUGUAGCGGCUACUGCUUGGACACUGAGGAACGGUCUUCUUCGAAUGGAUCUGGAUAUGUCCUUGGCAGCAUCUCCCAUUUUCCAUGGUCCUGUGUUAGACAAAGCUUUGUUGCGUAUAGUGUUUGCUGGUUGUGUAGCAACUUCGGUUUAUAUACCUCGUCAUCGGAAGGAGCUUUUUGCUGCUCAGGUAGGUGAUUGUGGGGCUGUGAUUGGUAGUUAUUCUCCUCCUGAAGUUCCAGUUAAAAUUCCAUCUUCAAUAGAUGUCUUCACUCAAACUGCUGGAGUAUAUACUAAAGAUCAUUGGGAAGCCAAGCUUUUAAUCCCUCCCCAUAUAGCUGAAAACGAGGCAGAUGUUCAGAGAAUUAAGUCUAGUCAUCCCGCCCAUGAAGCUGAAUAUUUAAUUCGAGAUGGUCGACUCCUCGGUGAAUUAAUGCCUUUACGUGCGUUUGGAGAUAUUCGUUUCAAAUGGUCAACAGAAGAAUUGAAGAACAUCGCACGCUCAUUGCAUCUCCCUCCUAAUUAUCCUAUUUUCCCGCGUUUCUAUGAUAGUCCGCCAUAUUUAGUUGCUACACCUCAAGUUUUCUGGAAACCUCUUAUUCCUCUUUGUGAUCACUUCUUGAUCUUGGGGACAGAUGGUCUGUGGGAUACAAUUUCACCUACAGAGGCUGUGAAUGUGGUUGCUCAACAUUGGUAUGACUAUAAAGGCAAUCCGUCUUCCUGUGGUCCUGGAGAUACUGCUGCUAGUCGUUUAAUUCGAACUGCACUUGGUGGUACAGAAAUGAAUGCCGAGCAAAUCGCCCUACACUUUUCAAUGCCACCUUCUGUAGCCAGACAUUAUCGGGAUGAUAUUACUGUUAUAGUUGUUUACCUACCCACUGCUUUCUGCGAUUCUGUGUAA